AUGAAUAAUGCAUUGGCAGCUGUGCAAGCCACAGAGGGACAAGAUCCAGCAAAAACGUAUGCAGAUGCUCGAAAACUGGCUGACGUCAUCGAACGCGCUGACGCGGAAGAGUUCAUUUCCGAGAUCAAAACGAUAGCCAAUCAAACCGAUCCGUCUGCUAUUUUCAAUUUCUCGGGCCUAUGGAGUGGUUCACUGCUCCACAUUGCAGCAGCCGCCAAAAAGUACGACAUCCUAAGGCUUCUGCUUGAUCAUGUUAGUGACCACCUCAUAGCAGCCCAAAAUGAAUGGGGAGAUACCCCACUCCACAUGGCCGCUAAGGCGGGGGGAUCUAGAGCCGCCACGAUGUUGAUUUGCCGGGCAAGAGACUUGCCCAAUGUUGAGGGCAAUAAUCGGAUCCUGAGGAUGAAGAACAAACAUGGAAACACUGCCUUGCACGAGGCCGUGUUCAAUGGUCACGUCAACAUGGUGCGCCUCUUGUUGAGAGAAGAUUUGGAGCCUGUGUACUGGAAGAACGUGGCUGGGAAAUCUCCCCUUUACCUGGCCCUCGACACCAACAACUCCGCUAUACAUGAGGUUUUAUUUUCACUCUCGCUCGAACCAUCAAGGAUAGAAGGCAUGCCGCCCGUUCAUGGUGCUAUUGUACGUUGGGACGAUGAAUUAGUCGCCAAGAUACUCCAAUGGAACAAGAAGCUAUUUGCAAUGAUUGACUCAGGAGGGUACAAUGUAUUCCAUUUAGGUGCUUACAUCAAGUGGUCCCCAGUAUUCGAUAUCUUACUACCAGAAAUUGAAUAUUUGGCCCGAGAACGGGACAUGAAUGGGGAUCUUCCCAUUCAUAUAGCGGCCAAGAGGGGCCAUGUUAACCUAAUCAAAAAGCUAUAUCCAGUAUCGCAAUUGCCAAAUGGACAAGGACAAACCGUUCUUCAUGUCGCAGCAAAAUUUGGAAGAGCUUCAGCGGUGAGACAAAUACUCAGACAUCCAGAACUGGGAGAGCACAUAAAUGCAAUGGAUCAUGAUGGAAAUACACCUUUGCACUUGGCUGCGAUGCAUGCACAACCCGCUGCUUUGAUUCAUCUUUUGCAGGAUAAAAGAAUUCGACUCACCACUUCCAACAACAUAUGCUUGACCGCUUACAACAUUGCUGUAGAAUGCAUGGCAAGGGAGCAUACAAUUCGGAAUGAAUUGGCAUACAUGGUGUUGGCUUGCUCGGACAUUUGGGAAUCUUCAGUUUCUGACAGAGACACGCUCAUACUUCGACCGGAAGCUCGAGAUGAAAAGCUUGUCUCGCCCGAAACGAAGCCAGACAGGGAUGCAACCAGGGAUUUUGUCAAUUCCCGUAUGGUGGUGGCAAUGCUUGUGGCUACUGUGACUUUUGCAGCUGGUUUCGCAGUUCCUGGAGGAUUUAACGGCUCGGACAUGGCCUCCAAAGGUGACCAGGGCAUGGCUACGAUGCUGGACAAGAGAAUGUUCCAGGCUUUCGUGAUUUGCAACACCAUCGCAAUGUUCUGCUCAAUGAUCGUCGUUGUCAUACUCUACUUGGUGCGGCUAAAUGACGUCGGAGCUGUGGCAUCUGCAUACGCGAACUCAACACUGCCACUAAUAAUUGCACUCCCGGCAAUGUCGGUUGCUUUCUUAACUGGUGUCACCUUGACCAUUAGCAAACUCCCUUGGCUUGCCAACGCCAUAUUUUAUUUGGGACUUGUUUUCCUCCUCAUUAUCUCAGUUGCUUCAUUGUUACAGUUCCCUCCCUUACUUGUGAUAGGCGGCCUUUGUUGUCGUCGUCUGGUGCUUGGGAUUAUUCUCAUUUACAUUUCUUUGUGGGGAGUUGACACAUCCGUUUAUAAUGAUGCCAGUAAAUCAAAGACCAAUGACUCGACGGCAGCGAAAUGUGGGGAGGCGCCACAUCCUCCAAAUCACUGA